AUGGCUACGCGGUUUUUAGCAGUUGUACUUGUCUUCGCCACACUGCCAGCACUUGGUUUGGCUCGACAGUUUGUGAUCUGGUCCUUUGGAAACAGUUUAAGCUCCUAUGGUGGCUCCAUUGUGGGAAAUUUUCGAUGCUUCUACAUAGGAUAUGCAACCCAGCUUGGGGCAACUCGAGUGGAUUCUCCUCGGUAUACACCUGGAGGGGCCACCUUUGGCACUCACUGGGCACAUCUGCUCUAUGAUGACAAUGCACCCGCUUUUUCAAAUGAAAACAACGCUCGUCAUCCUUGGGUUUUCCUACAAGAACAAAGUGCCAUUCCAGCCAUUCCCAGUCAGCUACCAGUGUCACUUUUUAAUCUGAGAGGUCUUAUCUCGCACUUCAGCACCACAAACGUACAAGAAGCCUUUCUGAUUCAAACAUGGGGAUACGAAUUUGGAACCUCCGACUAUGGGCUGAACUAUCCUGACAUGCCAUCCCACAACCAGGCUUUGUUGGCAGGCUAUGUGGAAAUGCAACAAGCAGUUCAUUCCGACGCAUAUCAUGUCUAUGUGGCUCCCUGUGGACUGGCAUGGGAAAAGGUUUACCUAAAUUGCAUCGAACGAGGGGAGGAUCCAUUGAACAAUGAGAAUUGUGCCUUUCGCAGACUCUACCAAGAUCCGGUACAUCCUUCAACCAUGGGUAGCUAUGCCUGUGCCCUGACUGUAUUCUCCUCCAUGACAGCAAUACAUCCAAGCACACAGAGAUGCAAGGGUGGUAUUAGUUCGAGUGACGCUAAUCAGAUUUCAACGGCCAUAGCACAGGCCAUUGAAGAAACGUUCGCCUCAGGGCUCAUUAUUUACCCAUUCGAUGAAAUCUGGCCCACCGAGGCCCCAACCACUAGGGAACCAACCUUCACACCCACUGCUGAACCAACUACCAGUGCCCCCACUCGAGGAACAGCCUUUGUGAGUAUUACACUUCCUCCACAAACUGCACGGCCCACCACUCUUCCGCCAAGCAGUGCGCCCACGACCUUGCAGCCGACAACGUUACAACCUACAGACUUGAAUGAGAACGCCCUAGCGGCCAGAGAAAACGCAAAAGUUUUGAUUCUGGGAAACGAGGCUUUGGGAAAUUUCAAUGUGUCAGACCAGUUUGAUCAGAUUCUUGAGAAUUCUUUGGCCUUGCACAAUGUACUUGGACAGGUCAAUGUCACUUCUAGCACACCAGAAGAUGCAACCUUACGUUGGCAUGUGAACACAAUUGGAAAUUCAGACCCUAUUCUCUACAGUGCAGACGAUGGUGCUGAUUUUGACUGGAUUGUGUUGCAAGAAGAUGUCUCGUUGAUCUCUCAACGAAGAAAGGCCAAGAUAAGUGCAGAUUUUGCAUGGGCAGUCCACGUAAUGAUUGCCCAUAGUCAUCAAGCCAAGACGGCCUUGCUGAUGAUGUUUGGAGGCAGAAAUGGUUACAAUGAUGGUAAUGGAACUGUGUAUGCAGACUUUUUGACGCACACUGCAAACUUGCUGUCGAACCACAUGAUGGUCAUGUCUAUGACGAGUACAAAUUACAAUGAAACAGCAAAUCCCACCUACUUGAUACCUGCAGGAAUGGCAGCAGAGGUUAUCUAUUUGGAAGAUUGGAACACUGGAAGAGACCCUGCAACCGACAAUUCGACUCUUUUUUACCGCUUGUAUGAUGAGGACGGGGUCAACCCCAGUGCGGAAGGCUCCUACCUCAUUGCAGUCAUGCUGUCGUCAUUCAUGUCCGGGCUGGAUCCCAACCUGAUCACAUGGUUUCCAGAUGCCACUCGACGCAAUCUCCAGAUUAGUGAUAUUGAUGAAGCAGAUGCUAUUCGAAUCCGUGCGGCUUCUGGUCGCGCGAUUUUGCAAAUGAGGGACCGAAUCAAAUAUCCUUGGGAAGAUCCGUGGCCUACCACAGCACCCACAGUAUGGACCGCAGCACCCACCCCACAACCGGUUGCUGAAUGCUCUCAGCUUCCAGCCCCGUUUGGUGGUGGCUGUCCCGCUGCAAACCCGUCGACUAUUGAUGAUGGGAUGUCCGAUGACUAUAGAGGGUGGUAUUCUUUGAACAAUGAUGGUUGCUGUCAAGACUACUGUCGUUGGAAUGGGUAUAGUGGUCCCGGAGGAGACCCAGCCAUUCAAACUACAUAUGAGGACUCGUUUUGGGCUUGCCGACCAGCCGGUUACUCCACCUGUACCUACUGGACAGAGUAUGCUACCCCUUUCACUGCUGAAAGGUGUGCCAGCCAGGGCGUACCCACCGAAGCAAACGCCGUGGGCUCUAGGGUGGAACCUGUGGAUAUCCCGGCUGUGGCCCCAUCACCAUUGCCAGAAUGCUCCCAGCUCCCAGCACCCACCAAUGGUGCUUGUCCAGCUGCAAACCCGUCAACUAUUGAUGAUGGAAUUCAUGGCGGCAACGAUCCAAAUAAUGGCUGGUAUUCUUUGAACAAUGAUGGUUGCUGUCAAGACUACUGCCGUUGGGUUGGGUAUAGUGGUGCCGGAGGAGACCCAGCCAUUCAAACUACAUAUGAGGACUCGUUUUGGGCUUGCCGACCAGCUGGGUACUCCACCUGUACCUACUGGACAGAGUAUGCUACCCCUUUCACUGCUGAAAGGUGUGCCAGCCAGGGCGUACCCACCGAAGCAAAUGCCGUGGGCUCUAGGGUGGAUCCUGCAGUCUCUAGUAAGGUUUCCGCAAAGCCGAUAACAAACGAGGAAGGAGAAGAGGGAGAAAGAGAAAAGGGUCGGGCUCCUUCACAGCAAGAAGGUGCCUUUGAGGGCCUUGCCAGCAGUAUCCGCAGUGGCUCCAAGGCGUUUGUUCCGGUCGGCAAGAUCGAAUUCGUUGGACAAGUGAUGGCUGCUCUACUUCUGGGAACACAGUUUCUCCUGGGUUGAGCUGACCAUAAUAUUAUGAUCGUGUCCCAAGCAAAGCACGUGCAUAUAUUCCGAAACUGCAUGUACUAAGUACAUAUUAUUCAUACCUAGAUUUGACUACUAUCGCUAGACU